ACCAUGGAACAACACAAGUGUGACUGGUCAGGGGUAGUUUGCAGAGGUGGAAAACUCCCGCUUCAGGGCUAUAAUACUGUGCUACUUUUUCUGGCGUUGGCAUCUAUUGUCUUCAUCUUUGUGUGGAGCACCUCUACUUCACUCAGCAGCCAUGGAUAUGAGACGAACAAAGAAAUGAAGAAAACAAGCUUUGAACCCAGCAGUAUCAUACGGAGACCCUCAUCUUCAGGAUCAUGCUCCUGCAAGGCCAAAACUUUCAAUGUCACAAGUGCUAUUGAAGCAUCAAAGCUAAGUGCCAUCAAGAAAAGACGAGCAGAAGAGUACCGGAAACAGCUGAUCAGGGAAACAACUGAUCUAGAUGUAGUGCUCGUCAAUCCAUCAAAUUCACCCCUCCAAUACCCUUCCCAUGGAUUCACAGUGGAACCUCUGAAAAUGACUUUCAUACCUGGGUUGGGUGUGAAUGCUUAUGGAAGAGAAGUUUACAAGGUGUCUCUCUGUGCGUCCCAUGGUGUGAUUGCGGUUGACAGCGCUCCACAUGGACAAGUGAUGGCGCAGAACCAGAGCAUCCAUAUCAUCGCCACUAGUGUAGAUGACCUGAAUGACCUCCUGGCACACGUGACCUAUACCAGUGUAGUGUACCUCCUAAAAGCAGGCGAUCUGGUACACUUCACCUUUGAGGACCAUGAAGCCAUCUUCCCUGUCACAAUCAAGAAGCCUACACUUCCUGUUCUAUAUGACCUGGGUGAAGACAUUAAUUCUCAAGUGACCAUCGCCGUAAAGACAUUCUUAAGAUACGCAGAGCUGAGGUACUUGAUCAAAACCAUCAGAGAACGAUACCCUGAUAUUAGAAUCAUCAUUGCAGAUGACAGCCUGACAACAGAAAAAGUGGAGGGUCACAACAUUUACCAGUACAUCAUGCCCCCCGCUCAGGGCUGGUUUGCUGGGCGGAACCUGGCCAUUUCUCAGGUCACAACCAAGUACUUCUUGUGGGUGGACGAUGACUUUGAAUUCCUGAAAGAGACCAGUAUUGAGAAGUUUGUGGAGAUCAUGGAGUCUGUGCCAGAGCUGGAUGUGUUGGGUGGGUCUGUUGACACGAACCGCUUCUACUUCACUCUGGAGCAGGAGGAGGGGGCGGAUGGGGAAGGUGGAUGUCUGUCGCGUUUGCACAAGUACCACAAACAGCUGCCUGGGUUUGAGAACUGCGUACUGGUGGACGGUGUGGUCAACUUCUUCCUGGCCAGGACAGACAGCGCCCGCAGGGUGGGGUUUGAUCCCAAACUGAAUAGAGUGGGCCACUCUGAGUUCUUCAUGGAUGGCCUGGGCCGUUUGCUGGUGGCAUCCUGCUCUGGGCUGGUUGUAGGGCAUCAGCCAAUGCAUGCCCUCUCAAAAUACCAAAAGUUCCGGCACCCAGGGAAAGGAGACGAAAAUAUGAAACUGAAACUACAUUACUUCAAAAAUCACCUGAAGUGUGUUACAUUUUGAACAGAAGAUGAUGAUCACAACAAACAAAGUUGUGUACAAUAUUUCUUUUUAAAGUAAGGUUCUCAACCUUUUUGAGGAUAAGGCACAUCAAAGAUGCUAAGGCACACCAACUCAGGGUUACUGAUGAUGAAAUAUGUCACACACAUUAUUAAAGACUUUAACAGGAGUUAUAA